AUGGAGGCCGGCAAGCCGAGCUCCUCGCCCGGCAGCCGGGACGAUGGCAGCAGCAGCGCCAACGCCUUGCAGGCGAAGCCGGCGCUGGGCAGCCCGGGCGGCGGGAAGGAGCACGGCAAUUCGGUGUGCUUCAAAGUGGACGGCGGCAGCGGCUGCGAGGAGCCCGGGGUGGGCUCGGAGGAGGCCGAGGGCUCCGGGCGGCAGUAUGGCUUCAUGCAGCGCCAGUUCACCUCCAUGCUGCAGCCCGGGGUCAACAAAUUCUCCCUCCGUAUGUUCGGCAGCCAGAAGGCAGUGGAGAAGGAGCAGGAAAGGGUUAAAACUGCGGGGUUCUGGAUCAUACACCCCUACAGCGACUUCAGGUUUUACUGGGACUUAAUAAUGCUUAUAAUGAUGGUUGGAAAUCUUGUCAUCAUACCAGUUGGAAUCACAUUCUUUACAGAACAAACAACAACACCAUGGAUUAUUUUCAAUGUGGCAUCAGACACUGUUUUUCUGUUGGACUUGAUCAUGAAUUUUAGAACUGGGAUUGUCAAUGAAGACAGCUCUGAAAUAAUAUUGGACCCUAAGAUCAUCAAAAUGAAUUACUUAAAAAGCUGGUUUGUGGUUGACUUCAUCUCAUCAAUACCAGUGGAUUAUAUUUUUCUCAUUGUAGAAAAAGGGAUGGAUUCAGAGGUUUACAAGACAGCUAGAGCACUUCGCAUUGUGAGAUUUACAAAAAUCCUCAGCCUGUUACGUUUAUUACGUCUUUCGAGAUUAAUUCGAUACAUACACCAGUGGGAGGAGAUUUUCCAUAUGACAUAUGAUCUGGCCAGUGCUGUGGUGAGAAUCUUUAAUCUAAUUGGAAUGAUGCUACUUCUUUGCCACUGGGAUGGUUGUCUUCAGUUCUUAGUACCAUUACUUCAGGAUUUCCCACCAGAUUGCUGGGUGUCCCUAAAUGGUAUGGUUAAUGAUUCCUGGGGAAAGCAGUAUUCGUAUGCACUCUUCAAAGCCAUGAGCCACAUGCUUUGUAUUGGUUAUGGAGCCCGGGCCCCUGUCAGCAUGUCCGAUCUCUGGAUUACCAUGUUGAGUAUGAUUGUAGGGGCCACAUGUUAUGCCAUGUUUGUUGGUCAUGCCACAGCCCUAAUUCAGUCUUUGGAUUCCUCACGACGACAAUAUCAAGAGAAGUACAAACAAGUGGAACAAUACAUGUCAUUUCACAAGCUACCUGCUGACAUGCGCCAAAAGAUCCACGAUUACUACGAACACCGUUACCAAGGCAAGAUCUUUGAUGAGGACAAUAUUCUCAAUGAGCUCAAUGAUCCUCUUAGGGAGGAGAUAGUCAAUUUCAACUGUCGCAAGCUGGUUGCCACAAUGCCUCUUUUCGCUAAUGCAGACCCCAAUUUCGUGACAGCCAUGCUGAGCAAGCUUCGCUUUGAGGUGUUCCAACCCGGCGAUUAUAUUAUCCGAGAAGGGGCUGUGGGUAAAAAGAUGUAUUUCAUUCAACACGGGGUCGCUGGUGUCAUCACUAAAUCCAGUAAGGAGAUGAAGCUGACAGAUGGCUCUUACUUUGGAGAGAUUUGCCUUUUGACUAAGGGCCGUCGCACUGCCAGUGUCAGAGCCGAUACAUACUGCCGUCUCUAUUCCCUCUCUGUGGAUAAUUUCAACGAGGUUCUGGAGGAAUACCCCAUGAUGAGAAGGGCUUUUGAAACGGUGGCCAUUGACAGACUAGAUAGAAUAGGAAAGAAGAAUUCACUUCUCCUGCAGAAGUUCCAGAAAGAUCUCAAUACUGGAGUUUUCAACAAUCAGGAGAAUGAAAUCUUGAAGCAGAUAGUAAAACAUGACAGAGAGAUGGUGCAGGCUAUUGCCCCAGUUAGUCUACAGCAAAUGCCAGCACUGAAUUCUAGCUCUUCAACCACUGCAUCUUCAUCGCGAAUCAGGACACAGUCUCCUCCUGUGUAUACUGCAACCAGCCUAUCUCAUGGAAACUUGCAUUCUCCAACACCGAGCGCACAGACGCCCCAGCAAGCUGUCAUUCUCUCUCCUUGCUCUUAUACUACUGCAGUCUGUAGUCCGCCAGUACAGAGCCCUCUGGCAGGUCGAACUUUUCAGUAUGCAUCCCCAACUGCUUCACAGUUGUCACUGUUGCAGCAACAGCAGCAGCAGCAGCAGACACCUAGUUCAUCACAGAAAAAUGAAGUUCACAAGAGUACACAAGCCCUUCAUAACACUAACCUGACAAGAGAAGUGAGGCCUCUCUCUGCCUCACAGCCUUCUUUGCCCCAUGAGAUUUCCACUUUGAUUUCUAGACCUCAUCCAACGGUGGGAGAGUCUCUAGCCUCAAUUCCACAACCUGUCUCUGGUGUCCAAGGUCCAGGUAUGCAGGUUGGGAACAGAGGCACUGUCCCUCAGAGAGUUGCUCUCUUCCGUCAGAUGUCUUCAGGAGCAAUUCCUCCUAACCGAGGGGCCCCGCCAUCAACAGCUGUUCUACAAAGGGAUUCUUCCACAGUCUUAAACACAGACCAAGAAGGAGACAAACUGCGAUUUGCUUCAAACUUAUGAUCCUUUUUAACUGUGAAAAGCAGAGACAUUUUAAUAAACUGAGAACAUCCCAGUAACUAUUUUAGCCUGUUCCCUGAUAGACCCUGGCAGCCUACUAUGAAACAAAAUAUUUUAGACAGCUCUGCCCUUCAUAACGAAUAAAAAGUAUAGAUCCAAAAAGGAAUUUAAAAGACUUGGUUAGAAUUUGUCUUUUUUUCAUUAAAGAAGGCUAAAUUAUUUAUUUUUGAAUGUGUGUUGACUUUAAAAUUAAUCUAGCAUAUUUCUCUACUUCUGAAGGGAUGUCCUAUUUCGGGGUGGGUGGGGGAGGAGAGACAAAAACAAUCCAGUGAUAUACACUUUAUAUGUUAAAUGACAGUAUUAUGUAUUCCAGGAAAUAAACUUAAAAAAAAUCUCUCAAGCUAGCUAGGAAAUAGCACCUAUUGAAUAAUAUCUUUUAACUUUCAUUAAUUGCAUUUCUGUAUAAAAACUGUAAAUCAUUUAUCAUGAAAAAUCAAUAAUAAUCUCCCAUUUUAUUGGUCCAAAUUUUAUUUUAGUGCUUUCCAUUGAGAAUUAGAUUGAAGAAGAAAUAUACUCCAGUUGUCUGCAGUGGAAGAACUAGCAUUAUCAUUGCUCUGGAUAAUUGUAAUCUCAAAACAUGUAAAUCAUUCUGUUAUUUCAGAAAACUGGGUGGACUUCUAUCUUCAUAUUGCAAAAGACUUUUAUGAAAACUAUAAAUAUUGUCAUUGUAAAAAACUUUUUAGACUCUAACAAAAAUAGCUGCUGUGUGGUGUAUCAUUGCAAGGUCUUUGUUUAGGAAUUUAGUUUCAGCUCUUCACUUCCUAACUUACCAUUUUAAAAUGUAUUAAAUCUAAGAGCAGCACAACUGUUAAAUUGUAAUGCAAUGGCAACCUACAAUAGCAAUGUUACUUUUAGAUGCACUAUUUUUAUGCAAAAUUGUACGCUUGAUCCUGCGAACUGCUUGUACUUCACCAAUGCCAUCACUUUUCCUCCUUGCCCUAAACAGCAUCUGAAAAUAUUCCAUGCAUGCUUUUUAAAAAUAAAUAAGUGAAAAAAAAACCAAUAUAAGUUCAGUCAGCUAUUGUAGGAAAAGGCUUACAGUAUCUCUUUGUCUUUAGAAAACGAUAAACAUUCAUUAAUUGUGUCUACCUUAGAAUUUCCUAUAAUGCUGACUUUGAAUCUCUGUUUUAAGGAUAGAAGUGAGGUUUUUCAUUUAAAGGAUUUUUCAUAAACCACAGCUUAAUUUAGAUUUUCAGGUGCUUUCUGUGUCUUCACUGUAGUUUUGUAGUUGACUGUGGUGUUAAUUUAAAAGAAAUAAAUAGAAUAUAGCAUCAAGUCUGUCUGGGAUUGCACGAUUUGGUCUGUGUAUAUUGUAAUUAAAUGGAUAGUAUAUCCUAUGGCAUGUAGUGUCAAACAUAGCCCAUAGAUACGAGGUUUAUUUUUUUAAAGUCUUUAAAAAUAGAAGGAAAAAGGUGACAGAAAGCAGGGUUAAAGCAUACUGUUUUGUGAAUGUUUUCUUUCGUUUGCUCAGAUCUUCACAUUAUCUUGUGAUUAGACAGCAUCUCCGCAGAAGAAGUUCUUUAAUAAUCAUUUGUGCCUGAUGUGUCACAGUAAAAUAGAAAUUGAAACUGAAUGUCAUAAUUCAACUAUUAUUGAUAAAACAGCAUUAUGACCUAUAAUACAAAGACUAUAUCAUAUUCCUUAAGAAAAAGCAGGCUAACUAUGUGAAAGGAAUGAAUUCAGAGGAAGCAUUUUUGCCAUUAACGCAGGCCUUAAUGAUCAGUGAUAGAAUUAAGUAACGUCCAGACUACCUGCCGGAUGGGUGGGUAGCGAUCGAUCUAUCGGGGAUUGAUAUAUGUCGUGUCUUGUCUAGACACGAUAUAUUGAUCCCUGAAGACACUCCCGUCGACUCCAUCAGAGUAAGCAGUGCAAGCGGAGUCAAUGGGGGAGCCGCGGCCAUCGAUCCCGUGCCAUGAGGAUGGGAGGUAAGUCGAAAUAAGAUAAAUUGACUUCAGCUACGCUAUUCCUGUAGCUGAAGUUGUGAAUCUUACAUCGACCCCCCACCCCCAGUGUAGACCAGGCCUAACAUCAUAAACUACGUAUUGUAGUACAUCCCAUAUAGAAGAGAGCCAAGUAGAUGUUCUAAGACUAACAGAGCUUGAACCCAUGCUGCCUGUUAUGCCUUUUUGCUUAAUUGGCUGCAUCAAAUUUUAAAAAAAUAAAACUUUUUACAAUUUUUGACAACUCCCACUCACCAGUACAAAUCAAUGUAAUUAUCCCAUUAACAUGCUGCUGACAUUAUUCAUUGGAGUGGUCAGGAAUAGUGUACAAGGAAGCAAUUGUUAAAAAUGUUUGAAGCAUUUUGGAUACACUGCAAGACCAUUUAUUUAUCAGUACAAUGUCCCUUAUUUUAUUUGAAUACUUAUAAUGAAUUAGAUCCAAUUUAUUAAGAUCAUAUUCUGAUCCUUGACACUAUUUAAGGUUUACAUUUAAUAGGUAUAAUGGGGUUGGUAGUGAAAUAUUUUUAUAUAUAUAUUAUUUUAUUUUAAGCACUAUGAAGAAACAUUAACUCACAUGGUCUUUCGGUGAAACCAUAAAAAAUCUUUUUAAUGACUUUGUAAUAGAGUGGACAAAAUCUAGGAUUUGUAUGUUAAUUCAAUAAAAAUGGUACAGGGUAUUCAAUUAUAUACAUUAUAUAUAUAUAUAUGUAUGAAUGUAUAUAUACUUAGGUUAAGAAACAAAUGACUCACAUUCCUGUAAUAUAAAUGUUCAUUGCUAGUUCCAGAAUUGACCGAUUUUCUCUGUACAUAAAUAAGCCCAUAUGUAUGGAAUCUCACAUCUGUACAGGACGAAAUGUAUUAAUGAAAAGGUUGGAUCUUACUGCUGCUGGGAAGACAAGAGUUUAACUGAUUCUUACAAUGACUGUAUGAUCAGGGACGAGUUAGAUUUUUUUCUUUUGUCUUUGCUCAA